UUGAGCCACUCGGAUGGUGGAGUUCUCUCCUUAGCCCAACAGUAUUGACAGUAUCCAGUCAGUCACAUACAGGUCUGCACUUCAUUACGCGCAGCGCAGUGCUGCCUUUUGGCGUAUAACGACGUAAAAGACGGUCGUCGAGAAUGGCUACAGACUUCUGCAGGUGAAAAUUUGCACAGAGACAAGGACCAAUUUUCAAUUGACAUUCAACUAGUUGCAGAAACUUCAGGAUGAGUCACAUGAUCUAAAGGCCUUGCUAAGCCAUGGAGUGACUUUGAACACUCAGUGUUUAAGUGGUGUGACCAAACAUCUGAACUGUCAUGGCCAAGACAACAGAGGUUCUCAACCUGUCCUUCCUCCUGGAACAUGAGCGAGAGCUGAUCCUCAGUGUUCUACAGAAAGACGAGAAACUCCGCAAACGAGAGGAGAAGCGAAUACGGAAGCUGAAGAAUGAGCUCCUGGAGCUGAAGCGAGGCGGCCGGCGCAGCAACCCAGAACAGCGUGAGUGUGGUGUGUGUCUACGUGCUCUGGGCCUCAUAGUGCAGAGGGGCAAUGUGUGCGCUGACUGCCGACGCCGUGUUUGCAGCUUCUGCACGGCUGUGUCCCCAAACAGCAGUCACAUCAAGUGCACUGUCUGCGCCAAGACUGCAGAGCUAAAGGUGGUCACAGGGGAGUGGUUUCUAGAGGAACGAGCCAAACGCUUUGAGUGCAUGACUGCUUCAAGCAGCGACAUGAUAAAACAGUCCAUCCUGAACAGUCCACCGGAUGGAAGUUCUGCCCAGAGGAAGUUUUCCCCAUCAGGUCUGGACGGGACUGCCAUGCUCCAGUCUGAGCGGUCAGCCACACCCCAGUCUGAGAAGAGCAUGGGGUGGAGCAUAGGCAAGAAGAAAGUGACAAACACACUAGCUGUAGAGUCGUCAGGGCUACCAACCACACCUAACAACAUGCGCUUCCAACCAGGCCGAUCACCAACACAGGCUGAAGGGAGGAAAAGGCCUGAUGGGGCUGAGAGUGUCUCCAGUCAUUUUAGUAGUGACAGUGUUCCAGAUAAGAUCUACGGUGGGCGGAACCAAAUAGAUUCAGUUACACCCUCUAUCGCCGUGUCCAGAGCCUCACUCUCAUCAGAUCGCAGUCGCUCUGAGGUUGACCUCAGUAAUCCAGGAGAAGAGUUUGCAAAUGACUCUCUGCAAAGUCGCUGCCGCUCGGUUCCAGGUCUCAAUGACGCAGACUCAGAUGAGGACAUUGAUGCCCUGCUGUCUGCCCAUUACAAAACCAACCGCAGUGUCAGCAGUGCUCAGUCUGUGUCUUCCACUUCAGGCUCAGUGCGAAAGUGGGGCUACCUUAAUGUACCCGACUCAGAUGCAGAGACUAGCAGUCUGAACAGUAUGAUGAGUGUGUACAGCGAGACAGGUGACUAUGGCAAUGCGUGCGUUUCCGGAGAGAUCCUGCUCAACAUCUCCUACAGCUACAAAACUGGAGCACUCAAUGUUCUAGUGCGCGAGUGCCGCUGCCUAGCAACCGGAGAUGAGAAGAGGCAGCGCACUGACCCAUAUGUCAAAACAUAUCUUUUACCAGACAAAUCCCGUCAGAGCAAACGAAAAACCAGCAUCAAAAGCAACACAACCAGUCCAGUGUUCAACGAAAACUUGAGGUACGUGGUGAGUCACUCUCAGCUGGAGACGCGCACUCUGCAGGUAUCUGUGUGGCAUCAUGACCGCUUCGGACACAACAGCUUCCUGGGAGAGACGGAGCUGACUUUUGAUUCCUGGGAGUUUGACACUCAGAUAGAGGAGUGGUUUGCCCUGCAGCCCAGGGCUGAGUGCUCUGCAGACUCUAUGAUGCAGUAUAAAGGAGAGCUGACUGUGGUUCUGAAGUACAUUCCUGCAGAGAGAAAUCUCUCACUGCCCCUGGACCAAGUACAAGUGAAAAAGGGAUUUCUGAAAGGGAAGAAGAGUAUCACUCUUCCAAAAGGAGGAAUGGUAGAGCUGCUGGUUAAAGAAGCCAAGAACUUGACAGCUGUCAAAUCAGGUUCUUCUGAUCCUUUUGUGAAAGGGUACCUACUGCCUGAUGACAAGAAAAGCACAAAGCACAAGACUGCUGUGGUGAGGCGUUCAGUGAAUCCACGUUGGAACCACACCUUUACCUACUGCGGCCUCCAGCACAGCGACCUGGACAGUGUGUGUCUAGAGCUCACAGUCUGGGACAAGGAGCCACUUGCCAGCAAUGUCUUCCUGGGAGGAGUCCGUCUAGGAGCUGGAACCGGUCUGAGCUAUGGGAGGGAGGUGGACUGGAAUGAUUCGUAUGGGGAUGAGCAGCGACUGUGGCAGCGCAUGAUUGACAACCCUGAGAUUCCUCUGGAGUGCACACUGAUGCUGAGGUCCAGCAUGGCCAAGAGAAAGUCAUAGAGGGGGCUGAGAGAGGAUAGCUAGUUAUCUUGCAAUACUCAUCAAAACUUAAUGCCCCUCAUCACCUUUAAAAAAAAAAAAAGUGCCCUUUGCACACACAGGUAGAAACAGCAUUAUCACGCACCUGCACACACAUACAUAGACUGUAUUUGUCCUCUAGACCAGCUGUGAUCACUUACUACGUCUUUACACACAGAUUGAUACCUACAUAUAUGACCACACACUGUCUUAUUGUCUACUCAACUCACAUACAGCCCUGCGUUUUGCAACUAAACAUGUAUUAUACAUGCACAAAAAUCCAAAAAUCGAUUCUUAGAUGCAUCGCAAUGCGGACGUGGACGAUUCUGAAUCAAUUCACAAAUGUCAAAAAUAGAUUUUCUAAAUUUGAACUGAUAAUGUAAUGUUGACGGAACGCAAAAGGCGGAACUUGGAAAUACGGACGCUCAGAUGCUCUGUGACGUGCACAUAACAAAAACACAACUGGAUGAGCGAGAAAUACGACCAGCAGACUGGUAUAACCCAAAUGUUAAGAAGCGCCAUUUUGUCCUUUCAACAAAAAUCAAACCACCUUGUGAGCCAGAACAUUUUAUGUCCAGUACGUCUCAGUAUAUGCUAA